UUACGUGCAGCCUUCCGAUCACACUUUAUCGGUGCCCAAAUUUGUCUCAUUCUGAAAGAAUCGAUCACUAACAUUGUGCAAAAGGACUACGAGACUGUUAAAAACUAUGUGGCUCGGUUUAACGACCGAAUUCAGAAUAUGGAGCCCUGUCACCCUGAAACUUUGUUAGUAACUGCUAUUGCUGGACUGAAGCCCAACUCAAUGUUUCGUUGGACCUUGUGUCAAAAUAAGCCUGCUACAUUUCAAGAGUUUCUUGUACGAGCUCAACAAUUCAUUAUUGCCGAAGAAUCCAUGUCGGUUCCCAGUUUUGACUUCUCUGUGAAGGAAAGUAAGGCUGAACCAGAUGCUAAGAAGAAGAACAAGAAGAAUUUUGGGAAAGCACAAUUUCGGAACUCCUCUAAAGGAUAUGAAAAUACUCCAGAGUCUCGGGCUGCUCGUGAUCAGUAUUCAGACAACGUCAGGACAGGUUACCAUGCCGUUUAUUCCGCCGGAGCAGCCACCAUAUAUGAAGAACUGAAAGGAAAGGGAAUUAUACCAGACCCGAGGCCUGUGAGAACUCCUGAAGACAAGUUGGACAAAACUCGCUACUGUGCGUACCAUAAGUCUCCAGGACACAAUACCGAUGAGU